AAACCAUAUUUCCAAGGGAUUUAAAAAAAAAACUAGUUGUGGUUGUUUUUGUUUUUUGUUUAGUUUUUUUAGAUCUAAUCUGAGCGAGUUAGCGAGUGAUUCAGAUUGAAGAAAUGUAGCAGGCAUUGAACUCGAAUGACAUCCCGGUGAACUUUGCAGUUAAAAUGCGUUUUUGGAGUAAAUGCGUUAUUUUAUGGAGGUGUAUGAACACCGGGCUAAAUACAACAGGAAGAGAUGUAAUCCAAGGCUUCUGGGUAAUUUAGCGGGUAGUGAGAGUCGAGCCGUUUCAUGUUGCGCCCCAAUAAUCUGUUUUUUCUUAUUCUUUCCCGUGAUUCCCAGACAGUCUCUUCCGGCAUGAGGGAUUCCCCGUGCAUCUGGAUUUCAUAAGGCGCUUCUAGAAAUAGCCAAGAUUCCACAUGCGCUGUGCAGACAAGUCAAGUUUCGAUAUUCCUCAGUGGAAAUCAAUCCGUGUUAGAUAUCAGCCAGAUGUUUUGACCGACAUUUCAGGCUGCGAUGCGUACAGAUGUGUGGUGUGAGAAUGGAAUUUCCCAAAGUGUUUGACUUCUCUUUAAAAAAAAAAAAAAAAAAAGAUAUUGACCACACCUAAAUAGACUUCAAGGAAAUAGAUCCCUCAAUUAAGUAGUAAAUUCGGUUCCAUAAUAGGAGGUUGUUUAUUUAUUGGGUUGCUUAUUGGAGGAGCUGAAAAGGAGGAUAUUAAUUUUUUGUAGCCUGCUAUUUGUGCCAUUGCGCACUAGGCAGGUGAAUGCCCCCAUACUGUGACUCUCCAUCUAAUAUCCAAUUCAAACACAGACAACAAGACAUGUCAUAUGGAUAAAAGCACAGCAGGUGUGUGUGGUAAAUAAAUAAGUCGAUUUACCCCAGCACGGUUGAAUUUUCACUGUUAAAUUGGUCAGAAAGUGUAGACGGUAGCUCUGCCUAUAAUUCUAAUGAUGGCUGUAUAUUAAUCUGCUUGUUCUAAAACGUUAUUGUUUCUAUAGUAACAGCUCAUUCGCAGGGACAUGUAAGGAGGACGAUUCUACGUAAUCAAGGCUAAUAAAUAGAAGGAGUUUGGUGUCAGAUUUUUAAUGGUCUUAAUUCAUCAGAGAGAGAGAGAGAAAAGGCUGUUGAGGGAACGUCUGUUUUAGCUGCCAGAACAUAGCAGUGAUAACAGGAACUAUCAUGUUUCAAGGAAGUUCAAUAACAAUAAAUGUAAAUGGCUGGAAAACAUGGUGUGGUUUGUUAAUUGUGGAGCAAAGCACCAAAGGUGCGUAGUUUCCUUAUUGUUAUUCCAUGUUUUCUUCUUCUUCUUCUUCUUCUUCUCGCUAGGGUGUCUAUGGCAGCCCAUAGAACCGUCUGGUAAAAAGUUGUGAAAUUGGGCACACUCAUUGGGACACGUCUAAGGAACAUUCCGACCAAGAAUGGGCCAAGUGCUGUCAACGUUCUACCACCACCAUUGGGUCAAAUUUGGGCCUAAUUUGGAAGUACAUUUAUGGUCAUAACAUUUGAACUGGAUGGAAAAAGGCUUUUAAAUUUUGGAUACAAUGUUAGAUUUGGUCAAAAACUGUUUUUUUUUCACCACUCCUCCUACACAUUUUGUCCAAUCAUCGCCAAAUUUGGCGGACACCAUCUCCACAAUAAACCUCAUAAAAGGUAUCCAAAGAAUUUCGAGUAAUCCAAAUGGCUUGUCUGGAAUGGGCCAACGAAUCCGAUGCUGACGAGCAGGAAUUGAGGCUGCAUCUCAGCAACAACUUUGCACACUGUCACAAAAAAAAACAACUAGGUAGUCAACUUCAGGACCAUGACCUUUCAUGACCCUGCCACCUACUGGUCAAAAUGUACAAUAACAUGCUAUAAAUGCUUACAUCUAACUGCCAUUUUUGCCACUCCUCCCAAUUCUGUCCAGUCGUCAACAAAUUUGGCUCUCAGUAUCUUGAGACCUGUCUGAAUAAAAUCUGGCAAAGGAACUGCUUUUGGUAAUUUAGUGGGUAGUGAGAGUCGAGCCGUUUCCUGUUGCUCCCCAGUAAUAAUUUUUUUUCUUGUUCUUUCCCGUGAUUCCCAGACAGUCUGAGGGAUGCCCCGUGUGUCUGGAUUGCAUAAGGAGUUUCUAGAAAUAGCCAAGAUUCCACAUGCGCCGUACAGAAGCAAGUUUCGAUAUUCCUCAGUGGAAAUUAUCCUGUUAGAAAUCAGUCAGAUGUUUUGACCGACAUUUCGGGCCGCAAUGCGUGAAAUUGGCAUUGUGCGGUGUGAAAAUGGAGCCUCCCAAAGUCUUUGAGUCAUCUUUAAAAUAAAUAAAUAAAUAACCAUGACACGCAAAUGCGUGAAAAUACAAAUAAUUUUUUAAUCCCUUUGCCUGUAGUUAUGGCUCUGCUUUCCUGUGAUUGCUUAUUCAACAAUCGUAGCGUGUCUAUGAAUGUCUGGCUCACAGAGUCUGGGUGCCUGGCCCCGGAAAAUGCUGCUUGCAGCUUUAAUAAAUUAAAAAUUGUAAUUGGUGACAAAUGUUUGAGAGGAAUAAAACACUUUGAUAUGUGCUGCUAUAGAAAACAUCGGGGUGUAUAUCAGGAGGCAUAGAAAGCUAUAAAGUGUUUUAUAAUGAUAAGGUGUAAUUUAUGUAAUGUGAUGAGUACAUUUCAUUAGAUGAAUACAGAAAUUCUUCCAGAUUUGUCAGUUCUGCAAUGUGCACAUCAGUAACCAGAAAAGUAUUGAUUCAGCGGGGUUACUACUCGGUCAGAUGAUUUUAUGAGAAGUGGUGCAGAUUUCAGUAUUGCCAACUUGACUUCUAUAACACAUGUCCAACAUGACUGACCUGCUUUUUCAGGUUUGGGCUUCUGUAAAAUGUAGUUGAUUAGUUGGCCAUUUAUUUAUUUAUUUACUUACUUACUUACUUACUUACCUACCCAGAUUAAUCGACUAAUCGGAUGGGGUGGGGCAAACUUUCAGUAAACUUUUUUUGUAAUGUUUAUUUAAAAUAAAAUCCACAAACAGUGUUACAAAUAUAAACUUCAGGCUAAAACUUUACACAACCGUUUGUACAAAACAGAAAAGAACCCAAUACACACACACGCACACCGGAAUAUAUAUUAUUAAUUUAGGACUGUAGUUUAAUUCGGUGCUUUUUGUGCAUCCAUAAAAAAUAACGAAUACAUACUUGUACACAGUGCAUCCGGAAAGUAUUCACAGCGCUUCACUUCCCCCACAUUUUGUUAUGUUACAGCCUUAUUCCAGAAUGGAUUCAAUUCAUCAUUUUCCUCAAAUUCUACAAACAACACCCCAUAAUGACGACAUGAAAGAAGUUUGUUUGAAAUCUUUGCAAAUGAAUUCAAAAUAAAAAAACAACAAAAGCACAUGUACAUAAGUAUUCACAGCCUUUGCUCGAUACUUUUGUUGAAGCACCUUUGGCACCAAUUACAGCCUCAAGUCUUUUUGAGUAUGAUGCUACAAGCUUGGCACACCUAUUUUGGGGCAGUUUCUCCCAUUCUUCUUUGCAGGACCUCUCAAGCUCCGUUCGGGCAAAAGUCAUGGUCGGUGAAUCUGGGUAUCUGCUAAUGCUAGCGUGCGUAUGAUGUCAUGCACCGUCGACUAGGAAGCGGCUUAUACUUCUGAUAAAUGAGCUGAGUCAUGUUCAAAUCCCCAUCAUGCUGAUGCCUGAUGACUUCAAGGCCUAUUCGAAGAUCAAGGUGGACAACCACCUGUUUAACAAGGAGAAUAUGCCAAGCCACUUUAAAUUCAAGGAGUACUGCCCUCUCGUUUUCCGUAAUUUGAGGGAAAGGUUCAGCAUUGACGACCAGGACUUCCAGAACUCUCUGACCCGCAGCGCACCUCUCGUUAGUGAGGCUCAGGGUCGUAGCGGUGCCCGCUUCCACACCUCCUAUGACAAGAGAUACGUCAUUAAGACCAUCAGCAGUGAGGACGUAGCCGAGAUGCACAACAUCCUUAAAAAAUAUCACCAGUUUAUUGUGGAAUGUCACGGUACCACGCUGCUGCCUCAGUUUCUGGGCAUGUACCGCAUCACCGUAGACGGAGAUGAAACCUAUAUGAUUGUCACACGCAACGUCUUCAGCCACCGGCUGUCUGUCUAUAAGAAAUACGACUUGAAGGGAUCUACUGUUGCGAGGGAGGCCAGUGACAAGGAGAAGGCGAAGGAGCUGCCUACAUACAAGGAUAAUGACUUCAUCAACGAUGGACAGAAAAUAUACAUCGAUGAGGAAAAUAAAAAGAUAUUUCUUGAGAAGCUCAGGAAGGAUGUGGAGUUCCUGGCGCUGUUGAAGCUCAUGGAUUACAGUCUGUUGGUGGGGAUCCAUGAUGUGGAGCGAGCAGAGCAGGAGGAAGUGGAAAGUGAGGAUAAUGAAGGAGAUGAUGAAGGAGAGAGUGAUGGAGGGAUUGUUGGAACACCUCCAGACAGCCCCAGCAACACUCUGGACAGCACCAAACCCCUUUCACCGGGAGACUUUGACCCUACUAUUGAUGUCUACGCAAUUAAAAGUCACGACAACUCUCCUCGGAAGGAAGUCUACUUCAUGGCUGUGAUUGACAUACUGCAACAUUAUGAUGCCAAGAAGAAAGCAGCUCAUGCAGCUAAAACAGUCAAGCAUGGAGCUGGAGCAGAGAUCUCGACCGUGAACCCGGAGCAGUACUCUAAGAGAUUCUACGAUUUCAUUACCACCAUUCUGCCCUAAACUGGAGCAAAACCCACAGGGGUGAAAGAGGGACGCUGAUGGAGGGGUGCCCAAACGCACUCACCCACCCUUACAGCAGCUACAACCACCAUUCGUUUACAUUUUCAUUUUUUAUUUGUUCUUUGCUGUUUUCUGGGACCAUAAGUGUGAUGAAACAGUAACAAGUAUAAAUCUUUGUGGGAGCUAUGGAUUUUUAAAAAAAAAUUUUUUGGCUUUCUGAUGCAUGUCUCUCAUGGCAUUUUUAAUUCAUGUGUUAUUUUGCCUUCCUUUUAAUUGAAAGGGGGAGAGAGAGAGCGAGAGAGAGAGAGUGCGCAAAUGUGAUGGUGUACGUGGCUCAGUGAAUGGACAUACACAUGUAGAAUGAUGUCACUCAGAACGGAGGCUGAGAAGGAAAGGAGCUUUCAACUGCUGUAGAAUUCACUUCAGACAAAAAGGAAAUGUGAAGCUAUCCCAUGCAGAAUCAGUCACCCACCCCGAUUGGUCAAAAAUGCCUGUCCUUUUACUUUUCAUACGCUUUACCAGAAAGCGCAUUUCAUCAGUCCGUCCCUGCUCAUCUUCCCCAGUUAAACCUAACACCGCCCCUAAUGUAAACCUUACCCCUCUUCCGCCCGUGCUUCUUUCUCAUCUGUCCAUGCUCAUAUACUUUUCUUUCAUCCAAAUCUACCCGGUUCUUGUCUUUCAUGUGUUUCUAGUUAAAAGCUGCAGCACUUGUAGGUGAACGUGCUUUCAUUGCGUUAAUCAACGCGACGUUGAUUCUCACGUUAAUUCUCCGAAACCAUGGCUCUCCUCCUCUGAACAGUCUGACUGCAAAGAAAACGCUCCUGAGCUCCAUUCACAUUCACGAAGGAAUGCACCUUCUGACUCUUGCAUGUUCCUACAGUGUUUCACACGAGUGUGUGGUGGUAUUUUAUUAUUUUUUUGUGUGUGUGUGUGUGUUGUUUUUUUUUUUUUUGUUUUGUUUUGUCUUUUUAAUGACCUGUAGGAGGUUGAGAUGAUUCGUCUAUAAUUUCGCAUCAUGAAAAGGCGUUCUAAUGAACUGAACAGAAGCAACAGCAUUGGUGGCAAUCACUUCAAGUCUGUAAAAUCUGUUACGGGAAUGAUCUUUCAUUUGCCAUCAGCACCUUAAACUGUUGCACGUUUUUGUUUUUGUUUUUUAAAAUGAGGAUCUUUUUGGUCUGUUACAUACUGCAACAAUAGCACUAUGAGGCACUAUUGAAUGCAGCCCGUGGAUUUGUGUCGUCACAAGUACGCUUGUUCUAGGCAGAAAACCCAUAGUUUACCUCUUGCAUCAUGUAAACAAAUUCACACUUAUUGCUGUAAUGUUAGCUACAGUGUUCAUUGGGGGAGUUUCAGAAAAGGAGGAUGGGGAGGUCCUGUGUGUAGAGUAGUGUAAUUUCUUUUGCCAGUUUUAUAAACUUUACGUUUUUAAAUUGGCAGUCGAGUCAGCAGUGUAUUGUAUGUUUUGCACAUAAUGAACCAGAAGUUUAAAUAAUCCCUUUGGUUCGGUAGAGUGGUAUUUACAGGGGGGAAACGCCACACCUGUACAAAAUGGUGAUUCAUAAGAAAUCGAGUCGACUCUUAGGAAAGGUUCAUGUUAGGCGUCAUGUUUUCUUACGUUACCGAUAUGAAUCCCUGCGAAAUGGCUAGAAUUUCUACGAAAUUUUGCAUGAAAUUGCUGUUGUUUUAAUAUUGAUCUGUUGAAACAUGACACCACCACCACACCAUCUAGAAAGUUCUGACUCUUUAGAAUCGGCAUUUUCUUGUGUGUUGGUUCAACUGAUUUGAUUUUUUUUGUUGUUGUGUUUUUUUGUUUUUUUUUUAAUUAAAUGCACAGUUUUUAUUUGCAUUUUAAUUUGUACACGGAAUUGUUCGCAUUUUAAGCAGCACAUCCUUAUCGAGUGAAGUGUUCUGAUAAAUGAAGAAUGUUACUGUUUUGAAUUGUGCAGUACUGUAAAAAGUUUUGGGGUUUUUUUUUUGUUGUUUGUUUGUUUUUGUUUGUUUGUUUGGUUUUGUUUUUUAAUAAUGCAUGUUGCAUUUGUUUGCCCUGUUCAGCCUGAUGCCGUGUGUAACAGUCACCCCUCCUAAAAGAAGAAAACAAACAAACAAACAAACAAAAAUAUACACGCGCUUAUUUCUUCUUUCUGACAGUCUUCAACCUGCUUUAUACUGUCAGCAAUGUAUACACUGUGCAAGAGUCGUGCCUUUUUACUCCAAAUUCUUUAAUUUUCUAUUCUUAAUCUCAGUUGUUUUUUUCCACAGGUAAAAAUUUUAUUUUCUAAUUCUCUAAUUUUCUUUUUUUGUUUGUUUGUUUGUUUGUAGUUUGGCUGUGUAUGGAGAAGACUCUUUUUGUGUUGACAAUAACACUUAAAACCAUUAACACCUUUUUGAGUUCCAGCAUUGAAAAUGGCCCUGUGAAAGCUGAGUGGGACUUCUGUCACAAUGUUUAUUUUUAUCUUUUUUUUUUUUUUUUUUAUCAACUUAACCUCAGUAUUAUCAGUAAUCCAGACUCUUUUGCUAUUUUUAUCCGUUGUUGUUUUAUUAUUAUUUUAUUUUUAUUUUUUUUUACCAGUUUGCGCAAUGGUUGUUUCUUUUUUUCUCCCCCCCCACAAAAAAAAAAAAAAAAAAAAUUGGGGGAACAGGAGAGAGGAAAACAGUGCCUCUCCCUCCAGUCGUCGUGGUCUUCGCAUAUGCAAAGAAGAGGAAAGAAAAAAAAAAACCCAUUUGCUUGAAUACUUGUGGUUUUGACACGCAGCAGCACGCAACCGGAAACCCGCUUCAUCUCGCGCCUUUGGCCUUCAGAUUUGCCAAAUCAGCACUCAGCCUCUCCGCACAGGUUCUUCACAUCAUGUAGAAAUCUUCACAGAAAAUGAUGGCAGUUUUAUUGUGCUAAUAUCAGUUAACGUCUCUUUUUUUAUUAUUAUUAUUUUAGGCUGUAUUAAACGCGGCGCAACGUGUGUGUCCUGUUUUAACUCCGCAACUAGUUAAUGGAGAGAGAGAGAGAGAGAGGAAACCCCCCCACCCCCCUCCAUGAGCAUGGAGAAAUAAGUGUUUGCUAAGUGAUCAGUCGAGGAUGAGACGUGUUGGUGAGAGUGUUUUUAAAAGUCUGGGAGAGGGUUGGGUUGGGUUGGGGUGGGGGGGGGGGGUCAUUCAGAUUAUGUUCAGAUGUUAACCAAUAUAAUACACUCCAUUUCAGAAGCAUCGCUCCAAACCAUUAAAGCACUUUGCAAAUCCUCGUGCCUGUGUGUUUUCUAAUCCAGCCUCGCCCCUAACUGCACUUCCAUCUUCAAUUCACGUAUUUGUGCGACAUUUUGCAACUGCUUAUUAAUUCAGAGCAGAGAUUUUUAAAAAAAAAAAAAAAAAAGCUCGCACACUGUGUUCUUCCUUGGCGUUGGGGUGGAAACCAUCAAGGGUCCGUUGUUGGGUAUCUUUAAUAAGCCUGUGUAGCCUUUACUCAUGCAAGUGCUGGGCCUGUUCAUUCGCUUUUAGAGACUUUAAGUCUGUAUCAGUGAUGCUCAGUUAUGUACGUGAAAUGAUCUGUGGCGGUACGGUUUAUUUACGUUUCCAUGUGAUGCGUGUCAAGUCGACCAACCCAAUGGGUAUUAGGCUAUAGUAGACCUGUGAUUUUCUGUAGCUGCGUUCAUUUCAGGAUCUAUCCGUGAUCUAGUAUCAAUUGGUGAUUAUGAAGCCUACUGCAGUUCGCCUAUAAUGUUUUACAUCAUAUUUCUAUAUUGUCUGCCUCGUGUUGUUGGGCCUAAGAAAUUUUUUGGAAAGCCGAUGGAAAAUGAAUUGCCAAUGGAAUUAAAAGUGAAAUGAUAGGCUUCGGUUUGCAGAGUAGGUUACCGCAUUACUGCGAAGUUUAGGGAUUAAGGCCAUGAAUAAAUAAAUCUGUUUCUCCAGCUGUGAAAACCCUGUAAUUAGCUCAGAAAUUCUACCAGAAGCGGCUUUUAUAUCCAAAUGGCUUGAAAUUGUGUACAUUUUUCGACAUUAAUAGACAGAUUAGUGCGCCCCUCCAUGGGAAAUUGGGGAGGGGGUUGUAAUUUUAUUUUUUUUUUAAGUCAGCUCGCGUUCUGUAUGUAUCUUCUCCUUUGCAUUGCAAUUUCAAUGAUAACAUUCUUUACUUAACAAAUACUAGCAUUUUACCUCCCCUAAACUAUAGUCUAAACCCGCGUAAAUAAAACGGAAACAAUAUAAAAUGUUCAUUUCUACUUACACCUGUGCUACAGACCAAGGUGAAUACACCUGGUCGUGUAGCUACACCUUUGCCACGUGAGGCUCUUUUGUGAUUGUAUGACUAGAUGUGAACUUUGGGGAAAUAUAUACAUAUGUAGUGUUUAAAAAUAAUUUUAUUUUAAACCAAAGUUAUGAUGGUUUUCGCCUUACAUCUUCGCUUUUUUUUUUAUUUGAUUCUUGAUGACAUAAUAAAUAAGAGAUUAAUGCAAAUUCA